UCUAUCUUGUCUACCUACCUGACCAUCGGAGUCGGAAGAAGAAGAGGAAGGCUACAUCUCUUGCUGCACAUUGUACAGAAGACCAAGACACACACGCACACACACACACACACAAAGUAUGAGUUUCUCUGGCGCUGUGCAAUGGUGGGAUGAGUGGCAGCUGCGCGUUCUGGUGCUGGGCAGCCUCUUCAUCCAGUACUUCCUCUUCUUCUCCUCCGUGGUGCGCAGGUGGGUUCUUCCAUCUUGGCUCAGGAUGUUCAUGUGGCUUGCCUACCUAGGCGGGGAUGCUCUGGCAAUAUAUGCCCUGGCCACCCUCUUCAACCGCCACAAGCAGCUGCCCGCCAAUGGGAGCGGCCUCGAGGUCCUGUGGACGCCUGUCCUCCUCAUCCACCUCGGGGGCCAGCACGCGAUGACCGCCUACAACAUCGAAGACAACGAGCUGUGGACUCGGCAUGCCAUAACCGCAGUGUCCCAGGUCACGGUCGCCCUCUACGUGUUCUGCACGUCGUGGUCCGGGGAGAAGAGGUUACUGCAGGCCGCAAUCUUGUUGUUCGUCGUUGGGAUUAUCAGGUCCAUCCAGAAGCCAUGGGCUCUGAAGAACGCCGGUAUCAGUGGCAUGGUCGCCUCUUCCUUCCCAUCCGCACGAAGGGAAUAAGGU